UUCCAUUUGAAAAUUACAUGAAUUCUCUCAAAAGAAAAUUGCACUCUGCAAAUAAACCAUUACAGCAACUGCAUAGGAGAAUUCAGGAACAGGACCAUACUAAUUCUGAAUUCCAUAAUCAGAACCCAACUUCAAAACCAGAACCAAAGAAUUUAUAUAAUUCAGUUUAUAAUGCUCAAGGGAAACUGAUUUCAUUUGAUUGUGAACGGUUGCAAUUUGAUGAUACAUUCUUAACUAUAUUUGCACCAAACAACUGCAUUAUGUUGAAAUGCAAGAAAAUAUAUUUAUUAAAAUUCAUCAGAUGUAUUGAGGGUACAUAUGUAUUUGAGGGUGAGCCUUUCACAUACCAUGAUGAUUUAUAUACAUAUCCUCUAGACUCAAGAAAGUUAGGAAUAUUUUAUGUAAAAAAAGUGAAUGAAUCUAAGGCAACAACAUUUAAUAUAUGUGACAUUUCACACAAAUGCAUGACUAUGCCAUAUAAAGAAGGUUUUGCAGCCUUUCCUCUAUACCACUAUAAAUUCUCUGAUUUUCACCAGUAAAAUCAUGUUCGCCGUUGUGGAAUUUUUGAAAUCUGACAUGGAGUCGACUGGAGAAAUUUCUGUUGUGCCAUUGAUGUGGUUACACAAGAACCAAACCAAAUGUUAUUGGCCAAACCGCACCAAUAAAAUUCCAUUCCAAAAAUUUGUUGAGAGCCUCACCCCAUUCAAAAAGACCUGGCCUACUUAUAGGGUGAAAUGUCAUUUCACCUGUGCAACAUAUGAACAAGCAGAUAACAAUUUGAAAAACAUUUUGACAGACAACUAUGAAUCUGCUGAUUCUAAUAUAUCAUUAUGCCAAAAAAGCAUCCUUAAUGAGUCUGAUGAAUCACUCUGCUCUAGGAGUCUAUCCCCAAAUAUCCUUUCCACACCAGAAGUAUCUAAAAAUAUUCCUGAUGUGACUAAUUCACCCUCAACAUUCAUUUGUGAAGAUGAAGGUGCCAAGAGAAUGCGGCUGGAUGACGAUGAAAUUAAUAUUCCAUUGUCUCAGUUGUCACAUUCCUCACAGCAUAAUAUUAUUUCUGAUGGAGAAAUGUCUUCAAGGCCCUCUUCCAUUGUUUCUUGCAGCUCCAGAGCUAGAAGUAGUAUUAUUCCUCUGGCAAAAAACACAGAAUUCGAGAAUGUUGUUCUACAAACAUUGAGCCAAAUUUCUGCCAGUGUUUCCCAACAUUCAAUUCUGCUGGCUGAAAUAAAUAGACGCACUAGUAUGACUGGAGCUGAAAACCUAGUGCCACCUGUUGACUUACCAGAUUUUCCAUUCACAAUCCUGCUGAACUUUCAGGAAUUUGACUUGAAACUCAGGGAUGAUCAAGCAUUAUGGACAUACAUGGUAAGAAAAUUAGCCACUCUUGGUGGGUCUGGCACAGAAAGCCAUACAAGAAGAAUGCUGAAAUAUCUUCUGUCUGAUGAAGUAGCAAGAAACUUCAACUGGAAGGGAAGAGAAAAAAUAUCUUUUGAGAAGCUCAAAACAAAACAGCUGAUAUUAGAUGCUGUGAAGUAUGCUUUUCCCUCAAGAGAAAUAGAUGAGUACAAAUUAUGUAAUGUCAUAAAAGAAUGGCUCAAAUUUGCUUCCACAAGGUUGAUCAAAGGAAAAAAAUCUAUUCCAACAAACACGUAGAUAAUUUCUGAAAUGUUUUUUUAACGAACAAGAAUUUGAAUUUUAGUUAUUUCUGUGAUAUGGUGCCAAAUCAUUCUUUAUGGAAGAAAAUAUAUUCCAACAAAUAAUUAGGUGAAAUUUCAUGCAUAACCAUAUGAUUUUAUUGUUUUUUUUUUGGAUUUGGUGUCAAUCAUUUCUUAAUCACAUAUUUUGUUUAUUGCAGAACUUAAUUGCUUCUAAUGUGUUUUCGGAAUGGAUUUUUUUUUGGAAUGGAUAUUUAGGUUAUAAACAUGUUUAAAAUUGACUUAUGCUUGAAUAUGAAACAUUAUUUCAUAAACAUAUGUCCCCUUUUUCAACUAACGUCUAUUUAAUGCCAGUGAUUUCAGAGACAAACAAGAAGCUCAGAGAAUUGGUUGUUACAAAUUCAAAUAUAUACAUGGGGAUCUUGGAAAAUAUAUGGGUGUUGCAGAUGAAUAUUUGAAAAAAUUCGUCAUUCAAUCAGCAUGGUAGAGAUUUUGUUGUUUUCAAUGUACGGGGUGUCCCAAAUUCGAGGAGUAUCAUUGGGAUCUCAGUAAUAAUAACAGACACAAAGUCGGUUAAAUACGGGGAGAGUUGCGCAAUUUGAUGCUGAUCAAAACGCCGCCUCAAAAGUAUGGAAAUUCCGAAUACUUCCGAAGAUAUUUGAAAAAAAAACAAAUAUUCGCGAUUUCGUUUAUAUUUUUUUGACUUUAUUCGGAGUGAUAUGACAAAAUA